AUGGAGUGGCUGAACAGCAUUCACGUCCCGGUACAUGUUGUGUCUGUAGUUGGGACCUUUCAUACAGGCAAGUCGUUCUUGUUGAACAUGGUAGCCCAUGGACGAGGAAACGGGUUUGCCUUGGGAACCUCAGUAGAGCCGACAACGGAAGGUGUGUGGGCAUGGGGAGAGCUCUUGGAGUGGGAAGAGCUGAAGCAUCCUGUCCUCCUCCUGGACGUGGAAGGGUUCGGAGCUCCAGGAAACACAAAGAACUACGAUUCCAAACUUUUCUCCAUCCUCUACAUCCUCAGCUCGAACCUUAUGUACAACUCGGUGAAGAUCAUCGAUCAGAGGGAGAUCGAGCAGCUCGAGCUUUUGGUUCGUCAGGCCAACGUGUUU